GCAAGCCCCGCCCCCCGUAACCCGGCAUUCUACUGAAUCAUGGCUGCCGUGAGGCUGAUGAACCCCUGCGCUGCUCCUUUCACCGGGGGGCUUCCCUCUGAAAUGGACUGGAUGGGGCGCGAAGUCACUACCGGGACGACGAUCAUGGCCGUGGAGUUUGACGGCGGGGUGGUGAUGGGCGCCGAUUCCAGAACCACCACCGGGGCAUACAUCGCUAACAGGGUGACGGAUAAACUGACCCCCAUCCACGACCGGAUAUUUUGCUGCCGCUCCGGCUCGGCCGCUGACACUCAGGCCAUCGCCGAUGCCGUCGCCUACCAGCUGGGCUUCCACAGCAUUGAGCUGGACGGACCUCCCUUGGUCCACACGGCCGCCAGCCUCUUCAAGGAGAUGUGUUACCGCUACCGCGAGGAGCUGACGGCCGGCAUCAUCGUGGCCGGAUGGGACAAGCAGAAGGGCGGACAGGUCUACACCGUGCCCAUGGGCGGGAUGAUGGUCCACCAGCCCUUCUCCAUCGGCGGAUCCGGUAGCUCGUACAUCUACGGCUUCGUGGACUCCGCGUACAAACCGGGGAUGACUAAGGAGGAGUGCCUGACCUUCACAGCCAACGCCCUUUCCCUGGCCAUGGAGAGAGACGGCUCCAGCGGGGGGGUGAUCCGCCUGGCCGCCAUCACGGAGGACGGCGUGGAGAGGAAGGUGAUCCUCGGGAACGAGCUGCCUCGCCUGCCGGUGUCGUGAAGAA